UAGGUUCAUCGUAGCGAGCAGUCCCCGUAUCAAACGCAGCUUCUCCCACUCCAUAUCAGUAAAUUGGUCAUGGCAGUGCCUUGUUGCUUCGUGAAACAGCUCGCCUCCAGUUCUCAGCUGUCAGCCAACGAGACAAAUCUGCUCGUGAAUUUUCCCCUAAAUCUGUGUAUCAUCAUGUGCGAGUCCACAACAGAAAGUCGAGUCCACCUCGACCCGCUGAUCGAGAAAGUGACCGAGCGUUUCAAACAAAAUGUCAGCAACGUUAGCUACGAACUCUCGAUGCCCGACGAUUCGUUCUUCCUGUCAAACAUGUUCUUUGUGCGCAUCACGAUGAACGAGGAAAAGAUCGACGUGGUCGUGAAGAAGCCUUCGCCGCUGGACUACGUCAGAGAAAUGUUAGAAUCGGACGUUCAGUUUCACAACGAGAUAGUGUUCUACGAGAAAUACAGCAAGGAGGACGAUGAAGUGCCUCGAUGUUUCUAUACGGAAGAGAAGCCGCCCGUGGACUCUGUACUCGUUCUUGAAAACAUCAAGUCAAGUCGAGGCUACAGUCUGAGUCAUUGGAAAUACGACAUCCCGUUAGAGUACACGCACGCUGCGAUUCGGACGCUCGCAAGGUUCCACGGAAAAUGUUAUGCGAUGAAGGAGCACCAGCCAGACCGGUUCUUCGACAUCGUCAGCAACCUCUGGCCGUCCAGGUACAGGCACGAUAGCCAAAUGAAAGUGAUGAUGAACGGCACUGCAACCAGAGCGGUGGAGUAUCUUCGGCGACGAGGAUACGACAAAACUUUCUGCGACCGACUCGAGGCCAAAUGGGAGGACGUCUUCGGAAACGUGGUGAUGGAUAUCGUCAGACCGGAAGAACCACUCUCGACGCUGUGCCACGGCGAUUUUACGAUGAACAACGUUUUCUUUAAACGGGAAAACGAACAGCUGAAGGCUAUGCUCAUAGACUUCGCUCUCGUGAGAUAUGGGUCACCCGUCAUCGACCUCUCCACGUUGCUGUGCCUACACUGCGCCAGGGACCUUGACAAGAACCUGCUGGACAACGUGCUGAAGGUGUACCACGAUGCCUUGAUCGAGGUUUUGAAGGAACGCGGUGUUGAAGAUUUAGCGAAGUACUCGUAUCAGGCUUUUUAUGAGGACUACAGGAAGAAGGGAAUAUUCGGUUUCUUUAUUUCCACGUUUUUCCUGUCUAUGGUGAUGGGUAAGAACACUGUGUCCCCCGAAGAGAUGAUGCAAAUGGACUACGAGAAAUCGGUUUUGGUCUUGCGGGAAAGUGGCGGUGAUGAGAUUUCUGAGAUCCUGGCGAACAUGUUGCUGAAGCUGAAGGAAUUUGGCUGUUUGGAUGAUUAACCUGUGAUACGAUUAAUGUUACAUUCGUUUAGAUAAAAGUCGUAAUGUAUAGAUUAAAUUGUAUCGAUCUAUCAGUGAUCUCUUCGUUGCUCAAUUUGACUUAGUUCAAUCUAUUAGUGAUUUUAUUGGAAUAAUGAGUGUGAAGUUGAACGAAUGUGUGUUUAGAUAAUGCAAUUUAGUUUGAUAGAUUUCAUAAGUGACGUGUUCGAUUUCUGGGACAGUUGUAACUGGAUCAACCUGCGAUGGUUAUAUGAUUAAGCAAAGGACUGGGUAUAAGAUUUAUGAGCAUUAUAUAAUGCUGGGGUCAAUUUGGUAUUGACUUUGAUGAAUUGGAGGCUUCAAAAAUAUUUUUGUAAAAUCUUGAUGGUUUAUUAUGGCAAUUCGAGGUUCCUCGAGUGUUUAUGGGUUUAUGGCACAGAUUGUAUUUUAUCACUAUUUCAUAGAGGAUUUUGCUACCUGUAUAGUAUUCUGUAAAUGAACGUAAUGUGAUGUAGUAUUAUAUAAUGUAGUAUAAAUAAUGAAUUUAAUAUAA